AGUCCGGAGGAAUCCUGCCCUGACCUGCUCUGUUCUGUCUCACACCGGUCUGGGCUGACCAGCGCUGAGCCCCGGACGGAGAGCGAACGCUUGGGCAAGUCAGCACCUCCCUCCCGGGCCUCCGGCCCCCCACUCUUCUCUACACAAAGUCAAGGCCAAGCCACCACGCACUCAGGUGCCUCUGGCUCCCGUCAGGUUCGGUCUUCCCGCCUCUGGGGGGCCAGACCCACAGCACGUGCGCUGCGGUGAUCCGCCCCCUCCACCCCUCCAAAGGUCAUAAUCAGCAGCAAACGGAAAAAACCUUAAGCGAUAGGGUAAAAAUUAAAUGCGCGGCAGGGGGCAGGUUCCAAAGUCCCGCAGGUGGGGGUGGGUGACUCUGAGGAGCGGGUGCCAGGCUCUCUCCGCGGAUCCCGCGAGCGAGGCAGGCCUCGGGGGCCAAUCCUGGGUGGGAGGCACAGGCGGGGUCGCCUUCCGCUCCUGCAAGGGGGCCGGGCCGCGGCGGGCGCACAGCGGCGGCUGCACAACGGCUUCAUUCAUCGCGCAGGCAGCCAGCGGGACGGCCCCGAGCCCACCCCCGCCCCUCUGCCCGAGCGCGUGCGCCGCGAGGACCCGGCGGGCGGCGCGCAGGUUCUCCCAGGGGGCCCGCUGCCCCACAAUGGAAGCGUCCCCCGAGUACACGGAGCAGGGUGGGCAGCCGGUGCUGGUCCGACGGCGCCCCCCGCCGCCCCCAGGCCUGGGUGAGGCCCUGAAGGCUGGGCUGCGGCGGAGCUGUGCCUGCAGCCUGCAGGGCGCCUGGGCGCAGCUGCAGGCCCUGUUCCCUGCAGUCCACUGGCUCCGCCAGUACCGGCCCCGGGAAGCACUGGUGGGCGACGUCAUGUCCGGGCUGGUCAUCGGCAUCAUCCUGGUGCCGCAGGCCAUUGCCUACUCGCUGCUGGCCGGUCUGCAGCCCAUCUACAGCCUCUACACGUCCUUCUUCGCAAACCUCAUCUACUUCCUCAUGGGCACCUCACGCCACGUCUCUGUGGGCAUCUUCAGCCUGCUCUGCCUCAUGGUGGGCCAGGUGGUGGACCGCGAACUCCUGCUGGCUGGCUUCGACCCCGCCCAGGAUGGCCUGGGGCCCGGGGCCAACCACAGCAGCCUCAACGGCUCAGCCGCCGCGCUGGCGCUUGGGCUGCAGGACUGCGCGCGGGACUGCUACGCCAUCCGCGUGGCCACCGCCCUCACGCUGGUGGCCGGGCUUUACCAGGUUCUCAUGGGCAUCCUCGGGCUGGGCUUCGUGUCCGCCUACCUCUCGCAGCCGCUGCUGGAUGGCUUCGCCAUGGGGGCCUCGGUGACCAUCCUGACCUCCCAGCUCCGGCACCUGCUGGGCGUGCGGGUCCCGCGGCACCAGGGGCCAGGCCUGGUGGUCAGUACGUGGCUGAGCCUGCUGCGCAGCGCCGGGCAGGCCAACCUGUGUGACGUGCUCACCAGCGCUGUGUGCCUGGCCGUGCUGCUGGCCGCCAAGGAGCUCUCGGACCGCUUCCGGCACCGCCUGAGGGUGCCGCUGCCCGCCGAGCUGCUGGUCAUCAUGGUGGCCACAAUCGUGUCCCACCUCGGGCAGUUCCACGAGCGCUUUGGCUCUAGCGUGGCGGGCGACAUCCCCACUGGCUUCAUGGCCCCGCGGGUGCCAGACGCAGGGCUGAUGUGGCGGGUGGCGCUGGACGCCGCCUCCCUGGCCCUCGUGGGCUCCGCUUUUUCCAUCUCGCUGGCGGAGAUGUUCGCCCGCAGCCAUGGCUACGCCGUGCGCGCCAACCAGGAGCUCCUGGCCGUGGGCUGCUGCAACGUGCUGCCCGCCUUCUUCCACUGCUUCGCCACGAGCGCCGCCCUGGCCAAGAGCCUGGUGAAGACGGCCACGGGCUGCCGCACGCAGCUGUCCAGCGUGGUCAGCGCCGCUGUGGUGCUGAUGGUGCUCCUGGUGCUGGCGCCGCUGUUCCGGGACCUGCAGCGGAGCGUGCUGGCCUGUGUCAUCGUGGUUAGUCUGCGUGGGGCCCUGCGCAAGGUGCGGGACGUCCCACGCCUGUGGCGGCUCAGCUCCGCUGACGCGCUGGUCUGGGUGGCCACGGCGGCCACCUGCGUGCUGGUCAGCACCGAGGCCGGGCUCCUGGCUGGCGUCCUGUUCUCACUGCUCAGCCUGGCCGGCCGCACCCGCCGCCCGCGCACUGCCCUGCUCGCCCGCGCUGGGGGCUCCAGCUUCUACGGGGACCCGGCAGAGUUCGAAGGCCUGGCCCCUGAGCCCGGCGUGCAGGUGUUCCGCUUCACGGGGCCGCUCUACUACGCCAACAAGGACUUCUUCCUGCAGUCACUGUGCAGCCUCACGGGGCUGGACGUGGGCCACGCGGUCGCCAGGAGGAAAGAGAGGGGCCCCGGGGAGGGGGCCGGCGAGGGAGACCCUGUGGGGGGCAGGGACCCGGGCUCCGGGAGCGGUGCGGCCUCACUGGUACCAGCAGUGGCCCGCUUCCAUGCGGUGGUCAUCGACUGCGCCCCGCUGCUGUUCCUGGACGCAGCCGGCCUGGCCACGCUGCAGGAGCUGCAUCGAGACUAUGGGGCCUUGGGCAUCAGCCUGCUCCUGGCCUGCUGCAACCCCUCAGUGACAGACAUGCUGAGAAGAGGCGGCUUCCUCGGGGAGGACCAGGGGGACGCGGCCGAGGACGGGCAGCUGUUCCCCAGCGUGCACUGUGCCGUGCAGGCGGCCCACGCCCGCCACCAGGAGCUGGCGGCCGCCAACUCCAUCCUCUAG